CUUAAAAGAAAGGCAACAUCUUUCUCCGCUGAGACGAUCAGGAACUGAUCAUCAGAAUGUUCAUGGCAGUUGUGUUUUUGUUCUCGCUUGGUUUUCCAAUUACCAGUAAAGCUGAUCCAUUCUACCUUUACCAUGACUGUCCAAAUACCACCACUUUCACCCCAAACAGCACUUACCAAUCCAAUUUCAAUCUCCUCCUCUCCUCUCUCGCCUCCAACUCCACUAAUACUGAUGGUUUCCACACCUCCACCGUCGGCCAAACCCCCGACACAGUUUAUGGCCUCUUCCUCUGCCGCGGCGACCUCUCCCCCGAUGUCUGCCAAAACUGUGUCACUUUUGCCACCCAAGAUAUAGUUCAAAAGUGUCCUGUUGAGAAACUGGCUUUUAUCUGGUACGACGAGUGUCUUCUUCGUUACUCCAACCAGUCUUUCUUCAAUACUGUGAACGAAGGGUCUAUGUUUCGUAUGUACAAUACCCAGAACGCCACAAACCAAACCAGCUUUAAUGAACGUGUGCGAGCCACCAUGAAUGAUUUGGCAGCUCAGGCUGCAAAUGGCACUAAAAAAUUUGCGAUAGCAGAGACGAAUUUCUCGUCGUUGGAUGUUUUGUAUACUCUUGCGCAGUGCACUCAGGACCUAUCCAGUAAUCUCUGCAAUAGAUGCCUCCAGGUAGCCAUUGGAAACCUUGUACCUGGGUCAAUAGGAGGAAGAACUCUGUCUCCUACCUGUCUCGUUAGGUACGAGACGUACCUGUUCUUUAAUAAGUCUGCGCUUCCGGCGCCACCACCAUCACCUCUGUCUCUUCCUCCUCCUCUUGCUAGUGGAAAGGGUGGACUCUCAACAGGAAUAAUAGUUGCAAUUGUUGCUGCCAUAGUUGUGUCUGUGGUGCUUUUUGUUAUAGGCUACUGUAUCUUAAGCAGGAGAGCGAAAAAGAAAUAUAUGGCGGCAUCAGGUGAUGAUGUUGGGAAUGACAUGACAACUGUGCAGUCCUUGCAAUUUGAUUUUGCGAGCAUUGAAGCUGCCACGAGAAAGUUUUCUGAUGAUAACAAGCUAGGCGAGGGAGGAUUCGGUGUGGUUUAUAAAGGGACACUUCCGAAUGGACAAGAUAUCGCUGUGAAAAGGCUAUCUAGAAAUUCCGGACAAGGAGUAGAAGAAUUUAAGAAUGAGGUUGUAUUGGUAGCCAAGCUUCAACACAGAAAUUUAGUGAGGUUGUUCGGAUUUUGCUUGGAAGGAGAAGAGAAGAUACUUGUCUAUGAAUUUGUCUGCAACAAGAGCCUGGACUAUUUUCUCUAUGAUCCUGAAAAACAAGGUCAGUUGGAUUGGUCAAGGCGCUACAAGAUCAUUGGAGGAAUUGCUAGAGGAAUUCUUUAUCUUCAUGAAGACUCCCGUUUAAGAAUUAUUCAUAGAGAUCUCAAAGCAAGCAAUAUAUUGUUAGAUAGAGAUAUGAACCCAAAAAUUUCAGAUUUCGGAAUGGCAAGGAUUUUCGGGGUUGAUCAAACUCAAGGAAACACAAGUAGAAUUGUUGGGACCUACGGAUACAUGUCCCCAGAGUAUGCCAUGCAUGGACAAUUUUCUGUGAAGUCCGACGUGUAUAGUUUUGGAGUUUUAGUUCUAGAGAUUACAACUGGGAAGAAGAACACUUCUUUCUAUCAGACAGACGGUGCUGAGGACCUUGUGAGCUAUGUGUGGAAGCAUUGGAGAGAAGGAACACCUUUAGAAUUGUUGGAUCCUACUUUAACUGACUCUUAUUCAAGAACUGAAGUGAUGAGAUGCAUCCAUCUUGGGUUAUUAUGCGUGCAGGAAGAUCCCGCUGAGCGACCCACGAUGGCAACAAUUGUUCUGAUGCUCAGCAGUUACUCUGUCUCUCUACCUUUACCUCAACAACCAGCAUUUUUUUACCAGACUAGAACAGACCAGAGCUUGAUCCUAAGAGGGCUGGAGACUGAUCAAUCCACAAGCAAGUCCGAGUCACUGCCGCCUUUCUCAGUUGAUGAAGAACCAAUUACCGAAGUUCAUCCUAGAUAAAUUGAACCAGAACUCUCAACCGUUUCGGUGAAGAAUUAAAGAAUAUUUUGUUAUCUGCAUGCUGCAGAGCCCCAUUGUACACCUAGCAUUCUUAGUUUCUUACUAUUUAAAAGUAAAUAUGUAGCAGCUAUAGUAGUCAUCACAUUCCCAAGCCUUUUUUUUUUUUUUUUUUGGAAUUUUCAAGUUGAAACGUUUGAAUAUCCGAUAAUCAAG